GAUUUUUUAGUGGCAAGCAUCAUUAUCUGCUUGUAACCAGGGUACGAAAGGGUAUUCCAUUCGCAGCAAGCCCCCCGGGCAGCGAUGUAAACCUGUUCCUGGUCAGCUGGGCUUGGCGAGGCUGAGGCUGUCUUCAACUGGCGACGAACUGCUCACCUCCGCCUCCGCCAUGCCUAUCUUCCGUUCAUCAAACGCGUCGUCUUUACCAUCAUUUUAUCGCUGAGAGCGGAUCUUUUGGAACCGUUGAACCCUAUUCUACAAAGCCGACGAUGGCAGUAUGCGCCCGCACACCCGCGAGGAGUUCCAGGUUGCCAUCGUGUGCGCCCUCCCUCGCGAAGCUGACGCCGUGAAAGCCCUCUUCGACGCAAUAUACGACAACGGCGAGUUCUACGGAAAGCAAGAUGGCGACGUCAACAUUUAUCUGAACGGUCGAAUCGGCCAGCAUGACGUCGUUUUAACCUAUAUGCCUGGCAUGGGCAGAGGAAGCGCCGCGGGUGUUGCCUCUGGGCUUCGAAUUAGCUACCCUGGCAUACGGUUGGCUUUGGUUGUCGGGAUCUGUGGCGCUGUUCCUUUUACCAGGGACGGCACCGAAAUUGUUCUUGGGGACGUCAUCGUCAGCGACAGCGUGGUGGAGUACGAUUUUGGCAGGCAAUACCCCGAUGGCUUCAGACGGAAAACGGACGCGAGGGAUACACUGGGGAGGCCGAACCGGGAGAUAAGAACUGUUCUGGCCACACUCAAGACCAGCGAGACGCGUCGAAAGUUUCACGAGCGCACCCAUUUUUAUCUCCAGAAUCUCCAGGCGGGCCAUCCGUCGUGGAGGUAUCCGGGUAGCGACAAGGACACACUCUUGGAAUUCGCUUCGGGGCUUAACGAUCAAGUAAAGGGAUCCAAAAAGCUUUUUACUAAUGUUGAGCCCGAUGGCAUUUUACCGGAUCAUCGGAACCAGAUGAGUCGUGGCACAAUGAAGGCUGUUCAUCGUCGACGCCUCGAUCAAGACACAAUUCUACCACACAUCCACAUCGGAGCGGUGGCAUGUGCUGAUACAGUGAUGAAGUCAGCUGAGCAUCGCGACAAGAUAGCCGAGGACGAGGGUGCCAUUGGUUUCGAGAUGGAAGGCGCUGGAAUAUGGGACUGUGUUCCAUGUCUGAUCAUAAAGGGCGUUUGUGACUAUGCUGAUAGCCACAAGAAUAAACUCUGGCAGGACUACGCAGCAGCGACGGGAGCAGCGAGUGCCAAAGCGUUUCUUGAACAUUGGAAACCGGUCGUUGGAUCGGGCAUUUCGUCUGCGAAUAAGCAAUUACUCGGAGAUCUUUUGCUAACAGACCCUCGAGAUGACAGACUCCGUCUCGAGCAGUCCAAGGGCGGGUUACUCUGGGAGUCGUUCUGUUGGAUUAUUGACCAUCCCUCGUUCCAAGAAUGGCGAGACGAUCCUGAGAGACGGCUUCUCUGGAUAAGAGGCGAUGCUGGAAAGGGCAAAACUAUGUUGAUGAUGGGAAUUGUUGACCAUUUGGCGAUAGGCGUACCUUUGCCGGCAACGGAAAUGUCGCCACCCAUCUUGUCCUACUUCUUCUGCCAAGGGACCGAUUCCCGGCUCAAUAAUGCCGCUUCAGUUGUGCGAGGCUUGAUGUACCUUCUUGUUGUCCAGCGACCUGCGUUACUUCGCCAUCUCCGGCCAAAGUAUGACCACGUUGGAGCACGGCUAUUUGAAGGUUUAGAGCAAUUCCACAGUUUGGUGGGGCCAUUCAUGGCAAUGCUACAGGAUCCAGCUCUUCCAGAAACACGCUUGCUUAUCGACGCUGUAGAUGAAUGUGAAGAAGGACGGCCCUAUCUAUUGGACUUGAUCGUCCGGACCGCCGGCAACUCUUCGAAGAUCAAGUGGCUAUUGACCAGUCGCAAUCGAGAUGACAUCGAACAACAUUUAGGGAUCUACGAUGACCAGCAAUCGCUUCGACUUGAGUUGAACCCCGGCUGUCUUUCAGGCGCUAUUGACGCCUUCAUCGAUGAUCGAAUCUCCCGCGUUGCCAGCCUGAGGAAUCAUCCCGAGAUCCAAGAUACAAUAAAAGAGGUGAUGCAACGAAACUCAGACGGCACGUUCUUGUGGGCAGCUCUGGUUAUCGAGGAAUUAAAGAAAAACGCUCUGGCAGUGGAUGCGAUUGAUAUAGUAAAAGAAAUGCCCUCAACUAUUGUGGCCGUGUUCGAUCAAAUGAUGGGCAAAGUCAACCAGUUACCAACUCGGAACCGCCAGCGUUGUCUCCAAGUUCUGUCCACGGCGGUCUUUGUAUAUCGCCCAUUGCAUCUGUUGGAAAUGCGCACCAUAGCUGGACUACCGGUGGAAAUAAAUAAGCUGCCAGACCUCAACAGGGUCGUGGACAUGUGCGGUUCCUUCUUCACCGUUCGCGAGAAUCAUGUUUAUUUCAUACACCAGUCAGCCAGAGAUUACCUCGCUACCUAUCAAGCCAAAACCGUCCUCAAAUCAAGCCAAGAAGAUAUCCAUUAUAUAAUAUUCCAAAGAUCUUUGUCUGCCAUGUCGGAUACCCUGCGGAGGAACAUCUGUCAACUCAGAAAUCCCGGUCCACUGACGCAGAGCCAAAGGGACGGUGAUGGACCAAUAACCCCGAUAAAGUACUCUUUGGUAUAUUGGUUUGAUCACCUGCGUGCUUCGAACAGAUCAGGUGAAGCCGACUUGCAAAUGAUCUUUUCGUUUUUCAAGAAUCACUGUUUGCACUGGUUCGAGUGCCUCGGGUUGCUGUACAGCAUGUCUAAAGGGAUACAAGUCGUCAAGCAGCUUUUGGACGCGACCAAUGAGGUUAUUUCAUUGAGAAAACCUAUGAUGCACGAACCGGACUUGGCCUACUAUGAAUUGCGGCCUAUUUUAAGAGAUUGUCACCAUCUUGCCCUAGGGUAUGGCUCCACAAUCAAUCGCGCGCCUCUACAAGUGUAUAGCGCAGCUCUCUUAUUCUGUCCUCAGAAAAGUGUCAUCAGAGAACUGUUUUGGGGAGAUAGACCGUCACAUAUCCGCGCUAUCGCUGGCAUUCAAGAGUAUUCGAACCUCGGCCUGCAGAUAACGGAGGGCCACAAAGGCUCCUCAGUCAACGAUGCACAAUAUUCACCCGAUCAACAGACCUUUGCAACCGCUUCAUCCGAUAAAACUAUCAAGCUUUGGAGUGCGACGACUGGAUUCUUACUGCAGACUUUAAACGCGCAUACUGGCUGUGUGAAUGCCAUCGCGUUCCUCGAUAGUAAUCACGCCUUGUUAUCAGGUUCGGAAGAUGGCAGAAUUAUGCUAUGGGACACACGUACCGGAACGUAUGAGCAGGUUUAUAACAGCGAUGAGGGAAUGGUAUCGACUCUCAAGUUCUCCGGUGCCUCUCGGACUGUGGCAGUGGGCCUGAGCAGCGGCACUGUAUUACUUUGGAACGUCGAUAACAAGUCAUGGCGACGCAUCUUUCAAGGCCAGAUUAACCUAUCCGAAGCACACUCUGUAUGCUCCAAGGUUCAACUCUCGGUCGGUGCCGCUUUCGACCGGAUCUUAAAAGCCAAUGAUGGUCUGGACCAAUUCCACAACGGUAAAAUAAACCGCGCCGAGCUGAACGAUAUUUUGGUUGACACCCAACACGAAAGUGCACGUCGCGUGUUCGAAGAUCUGAUGACUUCGAUGAAACACAGGCAAAAAAACCGAGCCAACGCCUUAGCAUUCUCCCUCGAUGGUGCGGUAUUAGCAUGCGCUUGGUUAAACGGCGCUGUUCGGCUCUGGCAUGAAUCUUCUGGGAAAUGGCAAGACAUUCACCACAGUCUUGAUGUAACCAGAGCGCUUGAUCUCUCACCCGAUGCUUCGACUCUCGCAUUGGUCACAAACGAUGGAUUUCUUGGCGUGUGGAAGCAAUCAUCUGGCAAGGCCAUGGAAGCUAUUAAGAUUGAUGUCCUAGGAAACUGCCCGUCUGCUUGUAUCUGCUUCGCACCUGAUGGUCAGUCCCUUCUCCUCGCAUUCGGACGCAAGGUUUUCCUCUGGACUGCAGCGAGUGGACGUGCCAAAGCUAUUAUCAAGAUGGGCAACUCAGUGUGUUGGUUUACAGCCAUGGUAUAUUCUACAGAAACACACAUGUUGGCGUUGGGGGGCGAAAAUGGCAACGUUUUCCUAUGCGAUAAUAGUUCGACUCCAAUAUACCAACCAGUGCGUUCAUCCAUUCCUCCUGCUGGCGGUGCUACUGCAUCAAGACAAUUACCACCCUUCCGGUUUCACAUUUCGACUAGGAAACGACUUGGUAAGCAAAUCUUUCACUAUAUGGUCUGUGGCUAUGGCAUUUCCUUUGCACUUCACGGGAUCGACAUCUUCGCCCGGCAUGUGCAGCAACCUCUCUGGGUCGUUUUCCCAGUCUACCUAAUGUGCUUUGCCCUGUUGGCUCUCAGCAUCGGGGGUUUAAUCAUACCUCACCUGCCUAGGAAGAUGGACCCAAGGCGCUGGUAUAUCAUCUGCCGUGAGUUUGGCAUUGUCCAAGCCGUGACUCUGCUAUGUCGACAACAAGACUUCCCCCCGAAAACGGACGAUCAUCACCUUCCUCUGAUCAGGGACCCGACGACAAGGUCCCUAUCCUUGCAGGGACACUACUUGCCUGUUACUAUCAUGCAGAUAUCCCCAGACGGGCAUACACUGGCGACAGGAUCACCGGACAGCGUACAUCUGUGGCGCACAGCUAACAAUGCUUGGCUCAAAUGCGUUGCAGAUCACGGGGUGGCUAUUUAUGACAUUCGAUUUUCACCGGACGGUCGCUACAUUGUAACCGUAUCUCAUGCUCUUGAGGUAAAGCUGUGGGAUAUAGUAACAGGCGUCUGUCAAAAGGCGUUUGAAGGCAAGAACCGUGACGUUCUAUUCUCGCGAGACAGUAAAACCCUGGUGCUUAUCCCAGAAGGCAGUAUCAUGCAGCUUUUCGACGCCGUGUCCUUGAAGCGCAAGCGUCUACUCAAAGGACACAAGGCCGACAUCUUCAAUGCUGACAUCUCCGCCAACUCCCGAACGCUUGCAUCGGCAUCGUCUGACGACACGGUUCGCAUUUGGGAUGCCAUAACCGGCACCGCCAAGUACGCACUCAAAUGCCAAAGUGAAAUUUGCGCAGUAGCCUGCUCGCCUGACGGUCGAACAUUGUCGGUAUCAUUUUCCGAUAGCACACUGCGUCUCUGGGACACAGACGGUAAAGCCUGGAUGCAGACAUUUACCCACGGCGCGAAGCAUGUCCUAUGCGCGAGUUGGUCUACAGAUAGCCGCUCCAUUGUGCUGAAUUGCUAUGAAACCAUCAUCAUACUCGACGCCCGCACGGGUGUUUGCAGACAAUCAUUGCCAGUCGGCGCAACCCACGUGCGGGACGCAGUGCUUUCAUCAACCGGUGAUUUUAUCGUGACGGCGAAGGGGCACAUUCGGCUGGGCAGGGAUUCUGGUGCUGACUCUAUCCUGAAGGACUUUCGCGCUUUCUCCAUUGAAGAGGACUGGGUCACUUUCAACGGACGGCAGAUUAUAUGGCUCCCCCCUGAGUAUAAGGUGCACAGUUUCGCGUUUUAUAAUUCGAGACUCGCACUCGGUCAUCCGUCUGGUCGAAUAACCACCAUCGAGCUUGAUAUAGAGCAAUUGCUAUGCGACUUAGGGUUUGAAAUUUAG